ACGACAGUUGGCAACGAUUUGCCGGUUUUGCGACAGGUCGCUGUCUGAAGUUCAGAAGUCACCAUAACAAAACCACAUGAUAUUGACAUUCAGCAUGGAUUUAUGACGAAAGAUGUGAUUUCAGUCCAAAACACAGAUUUGUAGAAGAAAAAAUGGCUAGUUCCAUGGUGGCUGUGGGCCUUACCCUGGCAGCAGCAGGGCUUGCAGGGCGCUAUGCAAUGCAAGCCAUGAAACAUAUGGAGCCACAAGUGAAACAGGCUUUGGAAGCAUCCAAAUCUGCCUUUGGUAGCGGAUAUUACAGAGGUGGUUUUGAACCAAAGAUGAACAGGAGAGAAGCUUCCCUUAUUCUUGGCAUCAGCCCUACUGCUAACAAAAACAAGAUCAGAGAGGCACACAGAAAACUAAUGAUUUUAAACCAUCCUGAUCGAGGUGGAUCACCAUAUAUUGCAGCAAAAAUAAACGAGGCUAAAGAUUUACUUGAUGGACAAACAAGGCAAUAGAACUUCAUCCGAUGUCUGUAUGAGUCCUGUCUGAUACACUUGAAUUCUUGCAAGAUUAAUAAAUACACUAUGUUGU